UGGCCGAGUCACGGCCGGGCGGGGCCGCGGCGGGCGGGGCGGGGCCGGGCGGGGCGAGCGCCGCAGCGGGACCAGUCGCCAGCUCCUGCAUCCCCGGCCCUGCCACUCGGAGCAGCAGCAUCAUCAUCAUCCUCCGCACACCCUCCCCCCCCGCCGGGCCCCGCACCCCCCCCUUCCCCCCGCGGCGGGGCCACCAUGGCCGAGAUCACCAGUGUCCACCCCGGCUUCGACGUGUCCCCCGUGGUGGCCGGGCUCAUCGGCGCGACCGUCCUGGUGGUCUCCGUCUCGGUCACGGUGUUUGUGUGGACAUGCUGUCACCAGCAGGCCGAGAAGAAGCACAAAACCCCCCCCUAUAAGUUCAUCCACAUGCUGAAAGGCAUCAGCAUCUACCCCGAGACCCUGAGCAACAAGAAGAAAAUCAACCGGCUGCGCCGAGACAAGAGCGGGACCCCCAAGGAGGCCGCGCGGGGGAACCUCCUGGUGGAAGCGGCCGAGUCGGGGCUGGCGGGCCCCGACAAGGCCCCGUUGGCUCCCGCCGCGGCCCCCCGGGUCGAGCAGCUCCCCAUCCAGGUAGAUUACGGGGACGAACUCAGCCCGGACCGGAGCCUCACCCCAGCGGGCAGCAAAACCUCCUCGCCGUCCUCGCCGGGCGACGAUGUGACGCUGGGCGAGCUGACCUUCUCGGUGGACUACAACUUCCCCAAAAAGGCCCUGGUGGUCACCAUCCAGGAGGCCCGCGGGCUGCCCGUGAUGGACGAGCACACGCAGAGCUCCGACCCCUACAUCAAGAUGACCAUCCUGCCCGACAAGAGGCACCGCGUGAAGACCCGGGUGCUGCGCAAGACGCUGGAGCCGGUGUUCGACGAGACCUUCACCUUCUACGGGAUCCCCUACAGCCAACUGCAGGACCUGGUGCUGCACUUCCUCGUGCUCAGCUUCGACCGCUUCUCCCGCGACGACGUGAUCGGAGAGGUCGUGGUGCCCCUGGCCGGCGUCGACCCCAGCACCGGCAAAGUGCAGCUCACCAGGGAGAUCCUCAAGAGGAACAUCCAGAAGUGCCUGAGCCGGGGGGAGCUGCAGGUGUCCCUGUCCUACCAGCCCGUGGCGCAGAGGAUGACCGUGGUGGUGCUGAAGGCCCGGCACCUGCCAAAGAUGGACAUCACCGGCCUCUCAGCAGACCCCUACGUCAAGGUGAACGUCUACUACGGGCGCAAGCGCAUCGCCAAGAAGAAGACCCACGUCAAGAAGUGCACCCUGAACCCCGUGUUCAACGAGUCCUUCAUCUACGACGUGCCCGGGGAGCUGCUGCCCGACGUCAGCAUCGAGUUCCUGGUCAUCGACUUCGACCGCACCACCAAGAACGAGGUGGUUGGGAGGCUCAUCCUGGGCGCCCACAGCGCGACGCCCGCGGGCGCCGAGCACUGGCGGGAGGUCUGCGACAGCCCCAGGAAACCCGUGGCCAAGUGGCACAGCCUGAGCGAGUACUAAAAAAAAAAAACGAGCAAGACACCAACCUUCUUUCCAUCCCCUCUCCCCCCCCCCAAGCCCACCUAGGACAGACUUAAAACCUUGUUUUAGCUGUAGGACUAAAAAAAAAACAAAAAAAAAAACCCGAAAACUCUUCGUUCGUCCGCGAGGUCGGUUCUCUUAGUGAUGUGGGGGUUUUUUUUGUUUUGUUGGUUUGUUUUUGUUUUUUUUUCUGUUGGUUGGUUUUAUGUUUUUCGGGGGUUUUUUUCUCGUUGGUUCUUUUUUUUUUUAAUUUUGCAGGGCGCUAAAAAAAAAAACAAAAAAACAAAAAAAAAAACGCUCUGAGAGAGCAUUAAAGGACAAAAAAAAAAAAGAGGUACCACAGAUAUAUAUAACAGUGUAAUCACGCUAUUGCAUGCCUAAUAAAACUGAAAAUUAGUAUAACUCUGCCAGUAUCAAGUUGCAGGUUUUAAUACAAUUAUCUGUCACUAUGGAAGUUGUGUUCGUGCCGAGCUGUCUCUGCUGGUAUUUCACCAAGAUUGGCCUGUCUUUUUUUUAUUAGGCUUCUUCUCCCCAGGUUUUCUGGAUUCUGCUGUUUAACCUCUGGUUUCUUGUUCGUUUGUUUGCCUGCCCACAGGUUCUGUUCUGUGCUGGGUGAGAAUUCUGCACUGGCACAAAAGGGAAAUACAGGGAAAAUGGCACUGGCCUCCAGAGAAGGAACAAUUCCGUUGUCAGGCACUGAAAUCCUCGGGUUUGGGGAGCUGUGAGGUCACAACACCCCAGACUUGCCUCCCAAACCCAAACACCGACCGGUCCCGCUGCUUUUCCACGUGGAAGUUCCACAGGAUUCCUAAAAACUGAGAGAACUCUGCUCAGUUUUGGUUUUAUUGAGCCCCUGUCCAUGCCUGUGUUUCCCAAGGGAAGCCAAGCUCGGACUGGGAAGGAACCUCUCCACCAUCAGAUGAAAUUCCUGGUCCAUGAGUUCUGUUUAAACUCAGGACAGAGCCGGGGUGGGGGAAGAGCUCGUGUGGGAGAGGAUUACAAAGCUCCCCUUCAUCCCCCCUCGGGUCAGACGGGACCCUCAGAGGCAGCUUUGGAAGGAGGAGCAGCCACAGGGCAAAGCCUGGCACUGAAACGGGUCAGGCUUGGAAUUCCAGGGCAGCCUGAGCUCCACAAAGUUUGGGAGCAGCUGCCUCGGAUGUGCUGCUGCUCCCGGGGUCGGGCUCUGGCUACAGCCCAGCCCAGGGGAGGGAGAGGAGGAUUAAUUCAUUAACCAGCAGCAACUAAUUGGUGGUGAAGAGUGAACUGAGCAGGAACAGCCAGAACUGAAAUAAUUUCUGGGUCCUGCAGUGGGAACACGAAGCAGGAGCGAGUUUGGGGAGAGGCUGCCGGGGGAUCCCGGGGUUCCAGGAUGCAAAUCGUGGGGUUUAAUUUAAAAAAAACCCCUAAAAAUUAGGAUAAUUUAGCUGCUUACAGGAGCCCUGAAUUUUAGAACGUGAUCCUUUCCACCUCCGUGCUCGGGACUGGGUCGGUCCCUCCCAGUCCCUCCCAGUCAAGCAGGGACUCCACUCCUCCCCGAUGGCCAACGAGGGUUUCUGCCUGAGGGUAGGGUCGGUUUUAUCGGUGUCUUAAAUGCUCUGGGCUCUUGGGUGGCUCCAGAGAAGGAAUUCCCCCUUGGAAGUGGCUGCAGAUCCGUUUAAAUCCUUGUGGUUUUGGGGGUUUUUUUGUUGCUUUUUUUGCUUUUGGGUUUGGUUUUUUUUUUUCUUUCUCUCUAAGUGACUGUGUCGCUGAAAUUUUAGCAACUGCCACGAACUUUUUUCCUCCAAACAUGCUUUCCAGCACCUCUCCCAAAAAUCUGACCGGGACCUAAAAAACAGCAACGAAAUUCCCCCUCCCUCCCCUUCCCCCCCUCGGUGUGAAAAGCAUGUGUGAGCCUCGAUGAUUCCUUUAGUUGCAAAGGAAAGAUGAAUUUCUUGUCAAGGAAACAUGCUCAGGGUAAAUAGACUUAGGCUGUCGGGCAGGUAGGAGUAGCUCCAACACUCUUCUGGAAUAAUAGGAAACUGAAGAUGUGCAGAUAUUAUAUAUUUUUAAGACAUAAAAUAAGACAGUAAGUGACAGCAGACUCACUGUAAAAAAAUCUCCCAGGUGUGGUUUAUUCUUUACCUUUGUGUCUUCUGUUGUAAAAUGAACUUGGACAAGUUACAACUUUGUGUGGGAAAAAAAAAAACAAAACAAAAACAAAACAAAACAAAACAAAAAAGACAAAAAAAAAAAGAGAGGGAAAAACAAAAAAAAAGGCAAAAAAAGCCAACUCUCGACCUGUGUGGAAGUGCAUAACUGCUAUCAGCUAACCUCCAUCCUGUAACGCUACCUUGUAUGUUGGAUUUGUUAACGCACAUCGAGCGUGCAAAUAAAGAUUAAAUCACUUUA